UCGGCGCUCCGCGGCUCCGUGGCUGCGCGCGCGCGCACGCACGUCCGCCCCUCGCUUCCGGCGCGGCGGCCUCCGCCGGACAGACGGGACCCCGGCGCCCGGCCUUCCCGGGGGCAUGCGGCGCUGAGGAGAGGCGGACCCUUCGCGGCGGCGCUAUGAACCUCCUGCCGUGUAACCCCCACGGCAACGGGCUGCUCUAUGCAGGCUUCAACCAGGACCACGGAUGCUUUGCCUGUGGGAUGGAAAACGGAUUCCGAGUCUAUAACACCGAUCCUCUAAAAGAAAAAGAGAAACAAGAAUUUCUGGAAGGAGGAGUUGGCCACGUUGAAAUGUUAUUUCGCUGCAACUAUUUAGCACUGGUUGGUGGUGGGAAAAAGCCGAAAUACCCCCCCAACAAAGUGAUGAUCUGGGAUGACCUCAAAAAGAAGACUGUUAUUGAAAUAGAAUUUUCUACAGAAGUCAAAGCAGUCAAGCUGCGGCGAGAUCGAAUUGUGGUUGUUUUGGACUCAAUGAUUAAGGUGUUUACCUUUACACAUAAUCCCCAUCAGUUGCAUGUCUUUGAAACCUGCUAUAAUCCUAAAGGCCUCUGCGUCCUGUGCCCCAACAGUAACAACUCCCUCUUGGCCUUCCCGGGCACGCACACGGGCCACGUGCAGCUCGUGGACCUGGCCAGCACCGAGAAGCCGCCUGUGGACAUUCCAGCCCACGAGGGCGUCCUGAGCUGCAUUGCUCUCAACCUGCAGGGAACAAGAAUUGCAACGGCGUCUGAGAAAGGGACCCUUAUAAGAAUAUUUGAUACUUCAUCAGGGCAUUUAAUCCAGGAGCUACGAAGAGGAUCUCAAGCAGCCAAUAUUUAUUGCAUUAACUUCAAUCCGGACGCUUCCCUCAUCUGCGUGUCCAGUGACCACGGCACAGUGCACAUUUUUGCUGCCGAAGAUCCAAAAAGGAAUAAACAGUCUAGUCUGGCCUCAGCCAGUUUCCUUCCAAAGUACUUCAGUUCCAAGUGGAGUUUUUCCAAGUUUCAGGUUCCCUCAGGCUCUCCGUGUAUCUGUGCCUUUGGAACAGAGCCAAAUGCCGUCAUUGCGAUUUGUGCAGACGGUAGCUACUACAAAUUCCUGUUCAACCCCAAGGGGGAGUGCAUCCGGGACGUCUACGCGCAGUUUCUAGAGAUGACCGAUGACAAGCUGUGACUCCACCGGGAGUGCAACCAGCACCCACAGCCGGCCACCCCCGAAGCGCUGAGUGUGCCCUUCAGACUCCUGGGGCUGGUGCCCGUGCCCUUGCGCCUCGUGGGUCAGCGGCUGGAGGACUGCCUGGGGACCUUGGUCCUGAAGCCAUUCUGUGGUUGUCUGUUUUCCUGAUCAGGGCUUCCCGUUUGCAGUAUUAAAGAACGAAUCAUCACCAAGGCAGUGUAGACACUCAAGUGGCUCCAAGCCGCCUGGGCCCGACCGCUGGCCCGCUACCUUUAGUUAAGCUGUGACGCUCGCUUCCGUGCUUCCACCGCGCCACCCACCUGCGCCCCCCAUGCCCCUGGGGGCUCUGUACACACGUAGGGACUGGGUUGACAAAAGGAUGGACAAGUUGAAAUUUGUUUUGUCAACAUAUUCCGUCAUUUUUGCUGAGUCUGUAAUGGGGAAAUGAACAGGCGUGUCAGUGUUAGUUCUUACAUUACAACCAGAUUUUUAAAUAGAACAAUAAUACCAGCAGCUUGCCUUAGAAAAGGAGAAAGGAAUUCCUUCUCCCCUCUGAACAUGAAGCAAAGAGAGACAGCCGUGUUAGCACAGGGUGGGCGUCUCCCUGCGAGCCGGCGUCCUGGUCUUUUCCGUGCCUGUCGUGAGCUGUGGUGCGGCCGUCCCUGUCUGUCGGAGCUGUUGGCAUUGAGGCUGAGGCCGGGCGCCCGCGGCGAGCAGAGCGUUUCGUGUGCCCGGCGGUCCUCCUGAGUUUCCUGUUGUGUGUAGGGAGCAGAGUAACACGUAGACUUUCAGAAUCAGUCCCUGAGGAAAGUGUCACUUAAUUGAGAAGAUGUGGAGGGAAAGGUCGGGCAUCGCAGCAGCACAGGCCUGACGUCUGUGGGCAGGAGCGGGCGGCCUCAGCCUGCCGCGUCCCCGUUGUUCGUAAGAGUAGCUUUCACUAGCGUUCUGAGAAGGAAAGGCACAUGAUAACAUUUUCUAACGUUUGGUGACUAAAACAGGUUAUGGGCUCUAUAUUACUGUUAGUACUCCCAGAGGUAUGUAUUUAAUUUUCUUAAAUUCCCUUUAAAGAAACCUAAUUUUAUGGUUUUGAUUUCAGGUUGCAAACGUUGAAAGUCUGCGGCAGCAGCUCUCUGUUCUGCCAGUUCUUUCACUGUCAUGUAAUCAGCUAACUUUGUAUGUGGAUUUCAGUGUAAAGUAUGCAUGUUACUUUUGUGUGUAUGUAAUCAUGAAAUUUAAUUUUGCACUUAUUUGUAAUGUUUCUUUUAAAUAAAAGUGACUAAUUUUGUCGUACUCUGUAUCCGUCAAGGGAAGAGAAUUGUACGUUACAAAACCAGACCCUUGUUUCCGAAUCUGCCAGACUCUGGGCUGCAGGUCUGUGCUGCCUGUGCGGGCCGCGGCCCCGUGUUGGCAUUCCUGCCUGCAAGCAGGGGUGAAGAGCGGCACGUUUGUUAGCAGUGUGUAUUGUCUGUUGGGCAAGCUGUGCCUGCUGUCGCGGUGGCAAACAGGACUCCCUUUGGGGGAGGCGCCUGUGUCCUGUCUGGUGCCUGGUCAGUGUUGUGGUGACUCAGCUAACACGUGAGCCCUAACCGGGCACGGAGGCCUAGGAGGGAUCCUUCACAUUCGUACGGUUACAGUUCAGGUUUUCCCCAAAUACAGCCCCUCUGGUGUAUCCAGCUGUACGUUAAACUAGGAACAAAGUUGUGUAAAGAAGCACAGCUGUUGCCACAGUGCACGGAGACUGCGGAGAUGCGGCACCCUGAACACCCAGGAAUGUUCCAGCAUACCCUGUUAGAGGCCAGUGUGAGAGCGUGGUCCUGGCUCCGCCAUGCCGGGUUCGACCUUGCCUCCUCCCUCAAAUAACAAAAUAGGGACAUACUGGGCCCGCUGUGAGGGAGCCCUUGCCCAGCGGCUGUGCUUGCAGCUGCCGAGCCUCGCAGUGCCGCGAGGGGCGCCGGCGUGUGCCCUGGAGUUUCCCCUCGGAUUGGUGAAGGCCCCACUUGUCAUCUGGGACGUGCCCCACGCAGCAAGUCGAGCGCCGAAAGGCUGAGGCAGGCAGACGCUGUGCACUCCCCAGGCUCGUGCUCGUGACCUCGAUUCACCCCCCGGGAGGUGUGGGGAGGAGCAGCGUCCCCGGCAUGGGUGCGCUGUCUGGCGGACCUCCUGAGGGCUCAAGUAGAGCAGAGCCACGCACCGUUCUCCCGACUGAUAACCGUUGAUUCGAAGCUCUGUGGAGAGGGGGUUGCUGGAAGCUGGAGCCACGGCCUCCGUCUCCUCUCUUGGCGGAGUCCUGCUGGCCUGGAGCAUGGGCAUCAAAGGGACACAGACAUACAAGGGCCCCCACUUGGUGGCUGGGUUGGGCACCAGGUGUCAGUGUAAAAAACAUCCCAGGUACUGCCUGGGAUGGCACCGCUCCCUGGGCUGUGCUGUCGGUUCUCGCUCAGACGGGAGGCUUCCUCCAGCCCUUCUCACCUGCCCUUCGUUCCACGCCAUGGGGGGGGAGCAGCGUUGCCUCAGCACCCUGCAACCUCCUCACCUUCCAGGUUCAGCCGUCCUGUUAGUCGGGGCGCAUCCUUCUAAGAAGCCCUCGGCCCCUCUGGGCCUGCAGGUGAUCCCGGAGUACCAGGAGCCCACUCCCCGCUGUGCCACCAGAUGUCACCUGUCCUCUGCAGCUCCUGUGACCGAACGUCUCUACCAAGCUUCUGGAUGCCGGAGACGGUUUCAUGAGAAGGGCCGCCGACCUGCCGUCCGUUCUUUCUGUAGCAGACAUCGGAUCGACGACAACACUUCGGGAACUGGUACCACAAUGUUGCUCCUCAAAAUGGAUCAGAGAAUGCUCACAGUCAAAGUUCACCAAGCCGUGAAGUAGGAAAGAGCAGAUGGGAGAGUCGGAAGUCAGCAGCAGAAUUGCCCCGAGCUGCACAUCUGGAGAAGGCCACCCCUGGAAAGUGUCUGCCUCCUGGGGUGAGGUGGUUAAUUUUCAGCAGUACUGUUCUUCAACUUUUUAAAACUCACGAACAUGUCGGGACAUACUUCACUUGCCCAAAGAUGCUAAUUUGUAUUUUUUGCUAUUAUAAACCUUUAGGAAACUAAUUCUUGUGCACACGUUUGCACACUUGUCAAACACGUCUGCCACCCUCGCUGCUGUGAUUGUCGGUGUCUCUGCCCAGCACUGGCCUCCUCACAGCCUCACCAGGACCAGCCUCCAAGCACAGUCGUCAUCUUUGAUGGAGGAAAAAGGUCUCCAGUCUUGGCAGGUGGAACAUUUUGGAACACCUUUGCUGGCCAUCUGCAUUUAGCCUGUAGAUGGCUUAUUCAGGUUUUUCCUUGUUUCUCUGUUGGUGUGUUUUGUCUGUUCUGUCUGUAAGGGCUCUUUCAAUAAUUACCCCAUGUCCUUUUUUCUCCUUGGUGUUUAUUUCAGUCUGAGAGUUUCUGCUUAGCUGUGUCUGUAUCUUGAAUAUUUAUGGUUUCUGGUAUUGGUUCAUGAUUAAAAAGAGCAGCACUUUU